AUGUUAUAUAAACGCACAUUACCUGAAAUAGACAAUCAACAAUUACAGCAACAUCGUUAUGAUUAUGUCAUCGUUGGCGCGGGUUCGGCGGGGAGUGUGAUUGCUAAUCGACUAAGUGAAGACCCAAAUACCCGUGUCUGUUUGAUUGAAGCAGGUGCUGCUGAUAAUUCGCCACGUAUUCAGAUUCCAGCAGGAACGAUCACGUUAUAUAAGAGUAAAAAAUACAGCUGGAAUUUCUUUUCUACCCCACAGAAACGUUUGAAUAAUCGUCAAAUCCAUGCCCCACGUGGCAAAAUGGUCGGCGGUUCAAGUUCAAUGAACAGUAUGAUUUAUAUUCGCGGAAAUGCCUCUGAUUAUGAUAAUUGGGAAGCGAAAGGUUGUGCUGGAUGGGGCUGGAAAGAGGUUUUACCCUUCUUUAAACGCUCUGAAAAAAAUGUCAUUCAGCAAGACUUGGCUUUUCAUGGUGUUGAGGGCGAGUUAUUUGUUGAUCAUCCGAAAGAUCCGAACCCAUUAUCUAAACUCUUUAUCCAAGCUGCCGCUUUACUCAAUCUAAAAGAAAAUCAAGAUUUUAAUGCUGCAUCAAGUGAAGGUGUGGGGAUAUAUGAUGUGACUCAACGUGAUGGUCAGCGUCUAUCCAGCUUUAAAGCAUUCGUUCAGCCAAUAUUGACACGUUCAAACCUUACAGUGGUGACUGAAUGCGAGGUUGAGCGUAUUCAUCAUAGUGAGGGGCAAGUACACUCGAUUCAUGUGCAGCGACAAGGACAAAAUUUUGAUAUCAGGAUCAAUAAAGAGUUAAUCCUCUCUGCUGGUGCUUUUGUUUCGCCGUUAUUAUUGAUGAAAUCUGGUAUUGGUCCGAAAUCUGAGCUGGAACAGGCCGGUAUUGAAUGUAAGGUUGAUUUACCUGGGGUGGGUAAAAACUUGCAAGAGCAUAUUGAUGGUUUGGUGACGGUUAGAACAAAUAGUUCAAAAACACUGGGUUUUUCUGUUGGGGCUUUGGCAUCUAUACUGCCCGCACCAUUCCAGUAUGCACUCAAAAGAAAAGGCUGGUUGACCACCAACUAUGUAGAAGCAGGAGGCUUUGCAAAAACACCACUGGCAACAGAUUUACCAGAUGUGCAAUUCCACUUUGUUCCGGGGUAUCGGAGUCAUCGUGGUCGCUUGUUUGAAUGGGGACAUGGCUAUGCAAUCCACACCUGUGUUUUAAGACCCAAGAGCAUUGGUGAAAUACGUGUGAAUGCCCAAAAGCAGAUCGAGAUUGAUUAUAACUUCCUUGAAAAAGAACACGAUAUGCACGUGCUGAUCGAAGGAAUUAAACUGGCACAGCGUAUUUUAAAGCAAGAUGUAUUUAAGGCGUUCAAUGGUCAAGAAAUCUUACCCGGACCUGAUGUUAAAACCGAUGCAGAUUAUCAAGCUUAUGUUCGUGAAUAUGCUGCAACCGUAUUUCAUCCCGUGGGAACAUGUAAGAUGGGGAUUGAUGCAAUGAGUGUGGUCGAUCCAAAGCUUAAGGUCGUUGGUUUUAAUAAUCUGCGUAUCGCUGAUGCAUCCAUUAUGCCUGAUCUUGUUUCAGGCAAUACCAAUGCGCCAUGUAUUAUGAUUGGCGAACGUGCCGCAGAUUUUAUCCUUCAACAGCAAUAA